UCAGUAGUUUGCAAGAAGACUUAUAAGCUUACCGACACAUGAAUCUUUAUUACCAGAACUUGUUCGUACUUGCGCCUUUCCUUAUAUUACUCUCUUACAACAUUGCCCCCUUAAAAAUCUCCCAUCACUCGAACUCUCUCUUUCUCUGACAACUUCUCUUAUCAUGGUACAAUCAAAGAAGUUCAGAGGUGUUCGUCAGCGCCACUGGGGCUCCUGGGUUUCUGAGAUUCGACAUCCUUUAUUGAAACGGAGGGUGUGGCUCGGGACAUUCGAGACGGCUGAAGAGGCCGCGAGAGCCUACGACGAAGCCGCGGUACUCAUGAGUGGCCGAAAUGCAAAAACAAAUUUUCCGGUCACAGCUGCAGUACCGCAACAAGCUGAUAACAAAAACCCGAACCUUAGCAUUGAGUCUUCACAACAACAAUCAAUGACUUCAUUAUCAUCCUCAACAUCCUCGUCCUCAUCACCCUCGUCCUCAUCAAAAUCUCUCUCCGCAAUUCUAAGCGCGAAGCUGAGAAAAUGUUGCAAGUCCCCCUCACCUUCACUAACAUGCCUAAGGCUAGACACCGAAAAUUCCCAUAUCGGUGUCUGGCAAAAACGAGCCGGGGCACGCUCCGACUCGAAUUGGGUCAUGACAGUCGACCUUGGCAACAAAAACACAACUACUCAACAGGAGCAAGGCCUCAUGGCUGCCGAGCAGCCACCCGAGCCGACCGCGACAAGCCGGAAAAGCAACGGCGGAUUGGAUGAAGAGGAGAGGAUGGCAUUGCAGAUGAUCGAAGAACUUCUCAACCGAAAUUGAUCAAGAAUAUAUGGUGCAUUUUAGCUCCACGGGUAAAGUGCAUGGUACAAUUAUAUAUACUAGUACUAUUGUAUAUUUUACAGGAAGAAUAAGCUUUCUGUUUAUAGGUAAAUUUGUAAAGAUAUAUGUACGUUUGAUUAGAGUGCGCAUCAUAUGUUUCUCAAUAUAUUUACCAUCACUUCACUUUCCUGGAAUUAUCUUUUAUAUAUAAAUAAACGAUAUUGAUUCUCAUUCA